AUGGCUAAACUGGACGCAAAAAUGGAAGAUAUAUUAAAUUCAGUGAGUUUUAUGAGCAAGCAGUUCGAUGAUUUUAACAAAAAAUUAGAAUCAUCACUGAUUGAAAUGAAACUUUUAAGAAACGAUAAUGAGAAAAUUAAACUUGAAAACCUACGAUUAUCUAACGAAAUUUUAGAAAUUAAACAAAAAUUAGAUUCAUUUGAACAACACAAUCUCGGCAACAGAGUUGAAAUAAAAGGAGUACCUAAGUCUCCCAAUGAAAAUUGUAUUGCUAUCGUGCAACAGAUCGCGAAAAAAUUAAAUAUUACAAUUACAACUACAGAAGCAAGUAGACUAUCAAUAUCAAAUAACAGCUAUCCAAUAAUAAUAGCAAAACUGGAAACAGCAGAAAUGAGAAAAAACCUUAUACGUUCAUCGAAAACAAUUAAGCUUAAUGCAAACAUGUUAUCUGGUAAUUGGUCAACUGAUAAUAAAAUAUUCAUUAACGAGCGCUUAACCAAGGACAAACGAAUUCUAUUUGCAAACACGAGAUCGACGGCCAAAGAAAAAAAUUAUAAGUUUGUAUGGAUAACAAACUCAGACAUUCUCAUCAGAAAAGAUGAAAACUCAAAAAUAAUUCGAAUAAAAUCGGGUAAGGAUCUUCUGACAUUGUAGUUUUUGUAAUCAGUAAAUACUGAACACACAUAUUUAAAAUGUAUAUUUCAUUAAUACUUAUUACAUACAUAUUUUUAUUUCCUUUUAUUUUACCUAAAACUCUAGUUAUUAGACUUUCAUUAGAAACUUAUCGAUAUUAUACCUAAUUUGUUUACUUUAAUAAUAGACUACAUUAUAUUCACAAAAAAGAAAAAAACGGGGAUAAAUAAUAAAUUAAACGAUCUCAAUGGCAUCAAUUAAUACACUUUUCGACAUCAUCGAUACAGAAAAUACACCAACUCACUCAAUUAAUAAGAUUAACACACAACUUCAUAACAAUGAUACCAGUUUGAAUAUACUAUUUACUAGUAUCAGAAGUAUUCACAAUCACUUAUCUGAACUAGAAUGUCUAAAUACAGCAAUUAAGAAUAAAAGCCAUAUCAUUAUUACAGCCGAAUCAUGGUUAGGAAAUAAUAUUGAUCAAAAAUACAUCUCGUUAAAUAACUAUCAAUUUUCAAUUUCUAAAAAUCAUAUACGCAAAUCAAACGGCAUAGUUAUAUUUAUUCAAAAAUAUAUAAAUUACACCACGGCUGAAUUUAUAAUACGAGAUACAAAUUGUCUGUUUACAACAAUAACAUUCAAUAAAAUUAAUUAUGGAAUAAUAUCAGUGUAUAGAUCUCCUAGUGGAAAUAUUAUAAAGCUUAUCGAGGAUUUCGAGGUAAUAAUCACUAAUAUAUUCAACUCCCAUGGGCAACUUACGUUAAUACUAAUAGGUGAUAUGAACAUAAAUUUAUCUGACACCACAAACUCUACAACACUAUACUAUGAUUUAUUAAAUUCUUUUAAUUUUAUCCAAUACAUUAAUUGCCCCACACGACCUUUGACCAAUAGUUGCAUCGACCAUAUAUUUAUUAGAGAUAAUCACAAACAUUAUAACAUUCACUCAGCAGUUAUAGACUCACUAAUUACUGAUCAUUAUCCUUUAUUUUUACAAUUAAAUCAUACCGCUCCACAACAAAUUAUAAAUUCAAAUAAUAACUCAUAUAAAUACGUCAACUUUAGAGAACUAAAAAAAGCAAUAUGAGCAACAUGGUUAGAUGGGCCAUCUAACCAUGUUAUAUAUAUAUAUAUAUACAAUCAUUAAUUAAUGAAAAAUUGUACUUUCUUUUUGGCCAAUAAAUUAUUAUAUUAUUAUUAACGGAAUUUUAGAGCUAUUUGUUUUAUAAGUUGUUUGAAAAAAAAAAAAAAAAAUUCCCAAAGAAUUAAUACUUUCCGAUACAAUGAUAUUGACUAUACUGUAAAUCAUAUAAAAAAAAAAAAGUGUUUUUCUUACGUCCGCGGAAUCUCGUGACUACAAUAACAAUACAAGCGGCAGGCGCAAUUUUUCGUAGUGUAUACAGAAAUAAAGUGUUGACAUUAUAAAUAAGUUGGUCUUCAUUCGGCAUAUUUUCUGUUUGUAGGACAUAUUGGAAUUUAUAGAGGAAUCGUCAAGCGGAGUCAUUUUGUUUUCAUUCGGUUCGACUAUUUUAAUGUCUUCAAUGCCGGAUCGCAUUAAAACCGAUAUUUUGGAAGCUUUGGCUCAACUCUCGCAAGGAACGUUGAUGGAAUACGAAGGCGAAAUGGAAGAUAAGCCGGACAAUAUAAUGCUUGGGAAAUGGUUCCCUCAACGGGAUAUACUUGGUGAGGUCACGAAUCAUAAUCCAAUGUAUGAAUAGAACGGGAACAGCCCAUGUCCGAAAUAGCGGAAUGAAGUUUUUACGAGGAAAAAAAAUAGCGCAAUUUAAAUUGUUCGUGUCAUUUACUCCCACUGCAUUUCGCGUCGUUUAUCGUGUGACAGUGGAAAACACUGGCGGCGAAUACGUUUCGAAAUUGUCUGCUCAAUUGUCAGUGUCAUGUCAAUCUGUUUAAGUAUAAGUCCGUGGGGUCACUUUGUCCACCAUACCCCCCUAAAAUUAACCACUAACUAAUUCACCACCACCGCUUCGAAAAUAUGAUCUUGACCAAAUAUAGGUAUCAUAAUUUGUUUCGAAUUUAUGUAAAAUUGUAAAACAAACGCAAUCGUUGUUGUUGUGUUGUUUUGAUUUAAAGCGCAUCCAAAUGUUAAAUUGUUCAUCAGUCACGGGGGAAUAUCCGGAGUGUACGAAGCAGUGGAUGCCGGCGUUCCCGUCGUUGGAUUUCCAUUGUGCGUCGAUCAGUAUAGGAAUAUCGACAACACUUGGUGGAAGCGGACAUGGCGAUUUCCAUGGACGUAUUGUCCGUGACUAAAAACGCGUUUUUCAAAAAUGUCGUCGAGCUCGUUAAAAACGAAAAGUAAACGAUUGUUAAUCGCCUGAGAAUCCGAUAACCGGUAAAAAUCUCAUUUCGUAUGAUUCGGAUUAGAUACAAGAAAAACGCCGAGAUCGCUUCGAGUAUAUUCAAAGACCGUCCGAUGUCACCGCAACAGUCGGUAGUGUACUGGACCGAGUACGCGAUUCGUCACAAAGGAGCGCCGCAUUUGAAAUCGCAGGCGCUCAAUUUGACGUGGUAUCAAUACUUCUUGUUGGACGUAAUUACUACGAUGUCAAUUUUAAUAGCCGUCAUUUUUUUCGUUGCUUAUAAAGUUUACACAAUUAUUUACAAGCUAUUUUUAAAAUAUCCACAGAAAAUCAAAACUAAAUUGGAAUGA